CCCCCUCUCUCCUGCUUUCCCUCUGUGUUUUUCUCCAGAGACCUCCAGUUUUUGAACACCACACUGUUCUUACCUACUGGCCCUCCACCCCACACGCACUACGAGAGAGAAUCACAGAAGUCAUGUUUCCUCUCCGUGUACCCCUGUUGGCCAUUCUGGUCAGCGUGGCGCUGUGCCAAUAUGAUUACGAAGAACAACCCAUGUCCAUGCUAGGACCCUCUGGGCCCAACUGUCAUCAAGAAUGUGACUGCCCAUACAACUUUCCCACCGCCAUGUAUUGUGACAGCCGCAAGCUCAAGUUUGUUCCAAUGGUCCCAUCAGGGAUCAAGUAUCUGUACCUCCAGAACAACCAGAUAGACGGGAUCAAGGCGGGAGUGUUUGAUAAUGUCACUGAUACACUUCGCUGGCUGGUGCUUGACAACAACCAGAUUACCAAUGCUAAGGUAGAAAAGGGCACCAUCGACAAACUCAAAGUCCUGGAGAAGCUGUUCUUCAGCAACAACAACCUGACGGAGCCAAUCAUCCCUCCCUCAAAGUCCCUCGAUGAGCUGAAGAUAAUGUACAACCAGUUAUCCAAGUUCCCCUCUGGACUCCUGACUGACAAGGAGAACUUGACCUACAUCAGCCUUCAGCACAAUCAGCUGACCUCCGAAGGCAUCGCAGGGGCGUUCAAAGGGUCCAAGAAGCUUCUGUCUCUGGACGUGAGCCACAACAAGCUGAAGAAGCUGCCCGCCGGAGUCCCCAGUUCACUGGAAAUCCUCUAUGCUGACUACAACGACAUUGAUGCUGUUGGAGGAGGAUACCUGAACAAGCUGCCCGAGCUGCAGUACCUGAGGAUCGCCCACAACAAGCUGGUGGACGCUGGCAUCCCCUCUGGAGUGUUCAAUGUGACAUCACUGGUGGAGCUGGACCUGUCUUUCAACAAACUGCAGUCCAUCCCUGAGAUCAACCAGCGGCUGGAGCAGUUCUACCUCCAGGCCAACCAGAUCAACAAGUUUGACCUGACCAGUUUCUGCAAGUUUGUUGACCCAACAAACUUUUCCCAGCUGAAGCAUCUGCGCCUGGACGCCAACAACGUGACACACGGCAGCAUGCCCCCCGAGUACUCCAACUGCCUGCGCCUGGCUUCAGAUAUCAUGUUUGAAUAAGAACCUCGUCACAACGAUCUCCACCACCAUGACACGGCUCAUCACAAAUCCCUUCUGGAUUUAAAUGGCGCAAUAUCCCUCCUGUCAUAGUACUCACAUGUCCUUGCACAUAAGUAGUAUGCAAAUAUGAGAUACUGUAAUGGCAUCUUCAUCAAUUUAAAUAUAUAUCUUGAAUGAAUCAAGAGCUAGAAAUUUGAUAAACAACCAAUGGAAGAGAAGCUAUAAAAAAAAAAAAAAUUGGCAAUGUAUCUUGCUACACAUGCAAUCAAAUAUUUCAAAUAUUUGAAUUUAGCCGAAUAUUCUCAUUGUUCAAGUAAAAAUGAAGACAAAAAAUACACAAAAAAAAUUAAAAAAUAAAAGGACAAAAAGUUCUAUGAAUGAUAUGAUAGUAAUUCAUAUGCUUUGAUUAAAAACACACACUUUAAACAUUCCAAACUUGCAUUUGAUUACAUUGAAUACAGACACAGUGGAGAAAAAACAAUGGCUCCGAUGUCUUAAUUCAGUUGUUAAUCGUCAUUUUGUUGUCUGUCUUGUAUGUUCCAAUCAAUGUUUAGCAUGUAUAAUAUAGUGUGAGUACAAUAACUAAUCCAUUGCUGUGCAAAGGACCGGCAAAUAAGGACUGUGUACUCAGACUUCAGUGUAUAAUGCCUAAUGUGAGAAAAUGAUGAUCAAAUGUAAAAUAGCAGUUACAUAGCAGUUACAUUUUUCAACAUUUUGAAUGAAUCAAAGUGGUUUCAAGGAGAAUACCAGCGUUCUUUACUCAUGUCUGCUUCAAUACUUAAAUGGUGCCUUGAUGCAAAUACCACAGAUUGACUUUGCUGAACUGUAAAGUAAAAAAAAAGUAAUAUCAGGAGAACAAAUAUCUCCUUAUAAGCUCAAUUGAAGUAGGACUGGAGGUACUUGAGCUGAAUAAAGGAAUAAGAGACAUUGGUAUUAUCCUUGAAACUACUUUCUCUGCUCAGUUAAACCUUGAGAUGAUGAUGUUUUUCUAGAAAUCACGAGUCAAAUUGUUGCUUUACCUAACUCCUAGCUGUCCACUUUCAUAAGCAUUGCUGAUUUGUAUACAUUUGCAUUACUUGCAUGCAACCAAUGCCACCAUUCUUUGAUAAUAAACUACAGCUUUUGCAGUUAAGGCGCUCUCAUUGUUACAUUGUUGCUCACCAUGUUUUGCCAAAAGCUUCUUACCGAUAUAAAGUCAACCUGGCAGCAGUGUCGUGUUGAUGGAAGUUAUGUUAUUAGAAUAUCACAUUUUUUGUUUAGGUCAUUUCUCAUUUUUAUCGUGAUUUCUUUUGUGGCCUUUGACUCGGUAACUGCUCUUGGAUUUGCUGUGAGAAAAACAAACACAGUUGAAUAA